AUGGAUGCUCAACGAGCUCUGUUGGACGAACUUAUGGGGGCAGCUCGUAAUCUGACGGAUGAAGAGAGAAGAGGAUUUAAAGAGAUUAAGUGGGAUGAUAGAGAGGUCUGUGCAUUCUACAUGGUUCGAUUUUGUCCUCAUGAUCUCUUUGUUAACACCAAAAGCGAUCUUGGUGCGUGCUCUAGAAUUCAUGAUCCUAAGCUCAAAGAGAGCUUUGAGAACUCUCCAAGGCAUGAUUCCUAUGUUCCUAAGUUUGAGGCUGAGCUUGUUCAGUUUUGCGAGAAGCUGGUGAAUGAUCUUGACAGGAAGGUAAGGCGUGGACAAGAACGCCUUGCGCAAGAGCUUGAACCUCCUCCACCACCUUCUCUAUCUGGGGAGAAAGCUGAACAGCUCUCUGUUUUGGAGGAGAAGAUUAAGAACCUUCUCGAACAAGUUGAGGCACUUGGGGAAGAAGGUAAAGUCGAUGAAGCUGAAGCCCUCAUGAGGAAGGUGGAAGGGCUUAAUACUGAGAAGGCAAUGCUGAUACAGCGACCAAAUGACAAGGUACUAGCGAUGGUACAGGAGAAAAAGAUGGCGUUGUGUGAUGUUUGUGGUUCAUUCCUUGUCUCUAAUGAUGCUGUAGAAAGGACUCAGUCUCAUGUCACUGGGAAGCAGCAUGUUGGCUAUGGCAUGGUCCGGGAUUUUCUUGCUGAACAAAAAGCUGCUAAAGAUAAAGGAAGGGAAGAAGAAAGACUAGUCAGAGGAAAAGAAGCAGACGAUCAGAGGAAACCGAGGGACAAGGAAUCCGAGAGUAAGAGGAGUGGUUCCAGUGAUAGAGAAAGAUACCGUGAUCGAGACAGAGAUAGGGACAACAGACACAGAGACCAUGGUAGGAAUCAUAGAAAGCCUUAUGACAGGAGUUCCAGGAGUGGAAGAGAUGGUCGUGACCGAAGCAGGUCACGUUCUCCUCGUGGAAGGUCUGGUCACAGAAGGGUGUCGAGAAGUCCGGUUCGCCAGUACUAG